AUGCUCAAAACGCAGCGCCCAAUCACCUCCUCUGUCCAAAACAAAGCUUCAUCUUUCAAGGCCAUGGCAAGGAUUCUCUGGCCGCCCGCCAUUCAGGAUAAAGUCUAUCCUUUUGCAGGGUCCACCUUGGUCUUGGUGGGACGCCUAAAGCUGACUCACGUCAUAAUCUGCACUGUCUUAACUACGGCCUUCUUCAUUGUCGCAGUCCUGAGGCCUGAAGGCCUCAAGAACGAGCUCCCAAUCUCCGAUGCCUCCGACCUCUUGGACAUCCAGGGCGCUUCACCCUCCGUUCCUCUCCACCUCCGCCCGCUAGAGCCUAUCCGCAUCGCAAAGGCGAACCGAUUCGACAACCGCUAUGAGUUUGAGCGCCACCUCGGCCGAAGCCGUGAGGGUAGCACCAUGCUUUACAGAGACAUGUACACAGGCACGCAAGUGUUGGUAAAGUCGUACUCCCACCACGCCAACGCACCAAUGGAGCCAGCAUGGGCGGACCUCUUCUGCCACGAGCUGACCACCUGGCCCACGGAAAUACCCGCCACGCUUCUCCUCGCCGGCCUCGAAAAAGUAAGCAGUAACCGCCGCCACAGCGCCCACGGCAACCUCACGCGCCAAAGCCACCGGCACGCCUCGUUCCAACCCGGCGGCCUCGUGCCAGCGCUCGACUACUUCGUCGCCCUGGAGCCCGUCUUCUCCUCGUCUUCCCUCUUCGCGCUCCUCCUGCGCCCCGUCUUUCCGUCCUGGACCACGCCGCGCUGGACGCUCGUCACGCCCUGGCGCGCCGGCAGCCUCGACUACUUCGCCGCUGUCCUCAAAAAAUCCGGCGGCAAUUUCUCUCCGGCCCAACUGGACGCGUUGCAUCGCCCCGUGUUCGCCGGCCUCGUGUCUUCUCUUGCCGAGCUCCAUGCAAAGGGCUACUGCCACAACAACGUCAAGUCUGCCAACAUCUUUGUUGACAAGGACGACGAUGGCGGCGGCGAUCAAUGGCUCCUCAGUGGCCUCGGGCAGGUCCGACAUGUCGCCGGCCACCGCUCAGACCUGGCGUCUGGACAGCGCUUCUGGACGGUGGGUGCAUGGGCGCGGGGCCGGAGAAGCCGGUGGGAAGCGGAUUGCCGGCUGGAUGACGUGAGGCUGGCGUUGAAGAGCUACAUGUCCUUCCUGCGUGCUGCGAGCAGUGACGAGUUGUCAUUCGAUGGCGAUUUAUAUGCCAUGCGUGCCACUUGGAGUAGACUGUACUGGGAUUUCGUGAAGGCGCCUGUGCCGGCGGAGGAAUUGGUAGAUGCGAUGAGCGGAGAGAGGUACAUGACUGGUGCUGAUGAUGAGAUGGGGGAUGAUGGAAGGGUGAUGCUGAUGAUGGAUGAGAAGAAGGAGGAGGCCUUGCGGCUGGCGGUGGACAUGGAAUUGGCGUGGACGAAUGUGGAUGGGACGUGGAGUUGGGAAGGAUGGUGGAGGUGGUGGAAGCUCGGGGGGUUGUGGCAGAGGUUUGAUCAACUCUCGCGCGAAGACGAGGCCACGGCCGGCGAGGAGGUGCAGGUGCGGCGCGAGGACCAGGACAAGAUCAACAAAUUCAGUCGGCUGCACCAGCGCGAGAAGGUGCUGGAGGAGGAGCUGAAGGCCAAGCAGAAAGACAAGGAAGAUCUCGAGGAAGUUUCGACGGAACUGGAGCUCGUGGACGAGGAUGACAAGGUGCCGUACAAGGUCGGCGACUCGUUCAUGUCGCUGCCGCAGCCCGAAGUGCUGGAGCUGCUGAGCGAGUCGACGGAGAGGAUCGACAAGGACGUCACGGCGCUGGAGGAGCAGCUGAGCGGAGUGCGCGACGAGAUGGAGGAGCUGAAGGUUGCCCUGUACGCGCGCUUUGGGCGCAGCAUCAACCUCGAGACGUAG